ACCAUAUUGGAUGGACCCAGUUUCUAAUGGCUGGCAUUUGCAUAUCAAAGCUUGCCAGCCUGACCCUUUAAGCCACUCUUCUGCUAGAAAAGAAAUAUUUUCGGAGCUACAUUAUUAAAAGAAAAAAAACAAACCUUACCAAGCUGCAUUAUUAAAAGAAAACAAAACCUUACCAACCUUACCCUCUCUGUCUAAAGUAAUUUCUUAAUAAUUCCUAUAAUCUGCUAUUUUAAUUCAAGAAUUUUCAGCUCUUUAAAAUGAGAAGGAAACUGACAUUGAUGGUGUCAGAUAUUGUGCUGAUAGCGUUAUGUCCAUUGUAGCUCAUUUUAAUCGUCACAGCAUUUUCAUUGUAGGGAUAAGUAAACUGACACCCAAAGUCGUGUAAGCAAUAAAUCCAGUAAUGUGGAUUUGACUUUUAAGUCAGCUAACUCCAAGUCUAAGUUGAAUCAGAACUUUUAGCAAUUUCUAGGUUCUCAUGUUACUAAUUUUAUAUUUUGAAGGUUACUCCAUCAGUCAUCAUUUGUAAUACUUAAAAUGAGUAAGUAGAACAUUAGCACUGAAUCUGGGGAAAAACACCACAAUUUCAAGUAUUCAGUUAAGUAGCUGAGAAUUCAGCCUGUUAAAUAAUGAUCCCUUUUUCAACUCAGAGAUGUUUUUCCCGCUUUACCCAGUGACAGGACCUGUAAAGGCAUGCUUCCUUGUUGUGAUUUUCUCCACAGUGAAUCUUGUUUUGUUCACUGUUACCUUGAAGGUGGACCUCAUUGGGGUCUCCAGUUUAUGUGGGGAUUUUUCAUUAGGUUCUCUCGAAUUGAUCAGGGCCUGGGUUUUAUCUCAUGCUUCUAGUGGCUUACAUGGCUAUCAGAAUUGAAGCUCCAGGUCACCAGAGUUUUGCAAUACCUUCAGGAACAUCCUGGCUUUGGAGCUUACUUCUCUCCCAGGACAAGGAGCAUCCAAGAUACCUGAUCCCAGAACUUUGCAAACAGUUUUACCAUUUGGGCUGGGUCACUGGGACUGGAGGAGGAAUUAGCUUGAAGCAUGGCGAUGAAAUCUACAUUGCUCCUUCAGGAGUGCAAAAGGAACGAAUUCAGCCUGAAGACAUGUUUGUUUGUGAUAUAAAUGAAAAGGACAUAAGUGGACCUUUGCCAUCUAAGAAGCUAAAAAAAAGCCAGUGUACUCCUCUUUUCAUGAAUGCUUACACAAUGAGAGGACGGGAGUUUAAAAUUACACAUCAAGAGAUGAUAAAAGGAAUAAAGAAAUGUACUUCCGGAGGAUAUUAUAGAUAUGAUGAUAUGUUAGUGGUACCCAUUAUUGAGAAUACACCUGAGGAGAAAGACCUCAAAGAUCGAAUGGCUCAUGCAAUGAAUGAAUACCCAGACUCCUGUGCAGUACUGGUCAGACGUCAUGGAGUAUAUGUGUGGGGGGAAACAUGGGAGAAGGCCAAAACCAUGUGUGAGUGUUAUGACUAUUUAUUUGAUAUUGCCAUAUCAAUGAAGAAAGUAGGACUUGAUCCUUCACAGCUCCCAGUUGGAGAAAAUGGAAUUGUCUAAGCCGAAAGGAAGUCUAAUUAUAUACAGAGAUAAAGCUCAACAUAAUUAUUAUUUAAAUAAAAGCUAUUUUUUUUAAUGAAUUGAAAUUUUUCAUGAUGCUACUAAUUUGCCACUAAAUACUGCAAAUGGUCACCCUGAAUCUCUUCUGACAUUGGAUGUUAUUUGCUUAUAUUCUUAUAAUUUUAAAUGAGGGGACAGUGAAAUGACAAUUUUAUACUCUAUGUUUUUGUUUAUUUUUAAAUCCUUAGCAGCAAAAUAUUUGCCUUUAAUUUCUUUUUAUAUAUACUCUCAGAAAAUUCCUCUUAAUUUUUAAAGAUGCUGGUAAUAAUAAAAUUCAUUGGAAAAUUUC